AACGUGAACUUGGCAACCCUUUAACACCGUUUGUUUUGUGCAAAAAUGUUUUUGUUGUAGUCGCAUCGCUUUUUUCGCUUUUUAAACAAAACUAUAGGUAAACAAAAUUUCAAAAAUGGAGGAAGUUAAAAAUUCUGUGAUUUCGGUUAAUGUACCGGCAGUGCAGUUUGAAUCUAACAAAGAAUUCCAGACCAAAGGUAUACUUUAUGAUGGCGACAGCGGUUUCUUGCGUUAUCGCCACAAAUUCAUUCAACCCAAAGGAGACACUCAGGCCAAUCGGGAAAUCCUGACCACAUUGUUGGCAACGCAGGGCGACAAUAGCAGUGAUUUUGUUGAAAAGCUCAUUGCCGAAGAUAUAUCCUAUCGAGAUUUGGCCUCGUUAAAACACGAUGACCUUGAAUUGAUGGGUUUCAAUAAACGUAAACAACGUGAGGAGUUGUUGGCGUUCUUUGAACAACUACCCAAUCAGGAUCCAUCAUAUGAGCAGAUAUGCCAGUUAAAAGAAGCCUAUUCUUAUAAUCGAAAAAUUCUUAACAACGCCAAUCAACAUUUGGAAACUAUGCGCUCUGCACUGGCAGCUGCAAAUUAUAAAUUACAAAUUAUGCCACCUGACGAUGUAAUUGUUGGGGAGAAGUCCUUUGCCAGUCGCUUUGUACUGGAAGCCCUCAAUGAGCUGUAUGGCGUUACCGAUGAUAUUGACAAGGAAAUUAAAAGUAUUGAAGAGAUAAUUAGCAGCAAAUACAAAAAAUCGAAUUUAAGCGUCAAAGAACCUAAGAAAUCGAAAAAAUCCAUGUUGGCAUCCUAUUUAUAUAUGGGCUCACUAACGACCCUAGGAAUAUUGAUGGCAUUAUAUUACUGGAAAGUUAAAAAGUAAAAAAAGAAAAACAUAUACACUGUACCUGUAGCAAAACAUUUCCAGCAGAGGAUUUCCUGUUAUUGACAAAUUGAAGAUAAUUAUUUUUAAUAAAAAAAAAACUUUAUAUUCGAAUAAGAUAAACGUUAUAGUCAUUGAAAGAGACUAAUAUCAUUCGUUAAGUACAAAUAAGAUGCACUAACUAUUUUUUCUAUGUUAUAAGAAUUUGAAGAAUAAAUGUUAAAAUGUUCAAAAUAAAA